GGCCAGCCGGCUGGUAAGCUGGAAGGGUCCGGUCACCCUUUCGGCUGACGCAGCUCUUGCCCCGCUGGCGCUCGCCGUCGCGUCGCCGGGCAGCCACGGGUCCUAGUUUCCUGACCUGACCACGGAUUGAACCUGUGCCCCCUGCAGAACAACAGUGAGAGAGUUCGCCAGACUGGCCACAUAGGCACAAGAUACUGAAACUCACGUGGUACGUUCAGGUCUGGUCUCGGCUUCGCACGAACCACCUCUUUCCUUGAUGACAAGCUUGCCACACUCCACUUGCCCUUAGGCAUCUGUGACAGAUACUCAGAUCAACUGAGAACACAAACUGAAAUCCUGUAACUUCUCACUGGUUUGCACUCCCGCUGAGACUUGUACUGCUCCUGGACUGGUGACCUGCUUCAUUCCUUUUCUCCCAACUGAAAAUUUGAGCUUACUGUUGUCAGGUGCCUGGACAAACUGUGAGAUGGGCCGGACGUCAGAGGACAAGCAGGAUGUCUAUCACAGCCUCACCAAGGAGAAUGGCUGGCGUGCCCACAGUGCCUUCAAGCUGCUGCAGCUGGAUGAGGAAUUCCACCUCUUCCAAGGUGUGAUGCGGGCUGUGGACCUGUGCGCGGCCCCCGGCGGCUGGACCCAGGUGCUGAGUCAGAAGAUUGGGGGCCAGGACGCUGGCCACGUGGUGGCUGUGGAUCUUCAGGCUAUGGCCCCACUGCCGGGCGUGGUGCAGAUCCAGGGGGACAUCGCCCAGCUGUCCACUGCCAAGGAGGUCGUCCAGCACUUUGAGGGCUGCCCCGCGGACCUAGUGGUGUGCGAUGGGGCCCCUGAUGUGACCGGCCUCCACGACGUCGACGAGUAUAUGCAGUCCCAGCUCCUCCUAGCUGCUCUGAACAUUGCUACACACAUCCUGAAGCCAGGGGGCUGCUUUGUGGCCAAGAUCUUCCGAGGCCGGGAUGUGACACUGGUCUACAGCCAGCUGCGUGUCUUCUUCUCCAGCGUGAUCUGUGCCAAGCCCAGGAGCAGCCGGAACGCCAGCAUCGAGGCCUUUGCUGUCUGUAAGGGUUAUGACCCUCCUGAGGGCUUCCUGCCCGACCUGACCAAGCCACUACUGGACCACUCUUACGAUCCAGACUUCAAUCAAUUAGAUGGCCCCACUCGCGUCAUUGUGCCAUUUGUGACCUGUGGGGUCCAGAGCGCCUAUGAUUCAGAUUGCAGUUACCCACAGGACCUAGAAGACGCGUUGAAGAAGGGGCAGCUGACCAAGAUCUGCCCCCAGGACUACUCCAUCAGCACAGUGGCCACAUUGCCCCCGUCCCUGGCUGCCCCACAGGUCACACCCUGCUGACCUCUGAGGUGGAAGACAGUGAAAUGAAUUGUUUCCCUUAACACGUUAACUAAGCUGACAGUUUGAUAAGGACUUGGAAGCUAUUUGCUGUUCAAGGAAAACCAUAACUUGAGUAGGUGAACUUGUUUUCAAAUACAUCAUCAGUGAGUCCUGAACAUGCAGGCUCCAAGUGGGAACCUCCAGCAACCACCACAAACACAGCAAGGACAGAAACAUCACAGAACGUACGUCUGCACUGCAGAGGGGAUUCUUGAAUAGGGUCCUGCCUCUUCUUUAAAUCUUUGCAGCUGUGUGUCCUGAAUGUGUCCAGAAUUUACUCUGAAAGCAGGACUUCUAAACCCUGGUAGAAGUCAGCAGUAUCUGUGAAAUUGAUGGAAGAAAAUAUUACAUCUUUAUUUUCACGGAUAUAGCUGAAAUUUUAGCUUUGCUAGGGAAUCUGAACGCUGGCAGCAAAUCACGGUAGUAAAAGCAAUGCCUGCAACUUUCCCACUACUACAGAUCAGUUACUUUUUUGUGUUGUGUUACAGUUGUGGGCAUCUUAAAAUGUUGUUCACGUUGGCCACUACUUUGAAUAAGAUGUCAUAAUUAGAUGUACUGAUUUUUAAAAGUUCAUAUAUUUAAAAACAGCAGUGAGAUACAAGGACACACAUGUUAGACUGGCUCAACAGUGAAGACCUUGGCUCCUGAGGAUGUAGGACAGCCCGUUCCCACGCUCUGUUGGUGGGCACUUGAAAGUGUAAAGCCUCUUUGGAAGCAGCUUGUUGUAUUUAAACCAUCAUUUACUCUCUGACCCAGCAACCUCACUUCUCACUGUUCACACAGGAGGGGUGAAAACAGGCAUUUACAUGAUCACCUGUGUGCAAACAUUUAGAGCAGCUUUGUUCAUAAUCUCCGCAAACUGGAAGCAACCCAGUCGUUCACCUGGCAAACGGAGAAGCAGACUGCGUUCCCUCCAGACAAUGACACAGCACUCGGGAAGCAGGACCAGGCUGCUGGUGCUGGGACGGCAGGGGGAUCUCAAGUGUACUGUGCAGAAAGGAGGCGGCCAGACACCAGAGGCUGCAUUCUGUAGUUGUGCAUGCACGCUCAGUCGUGUCUGACUCUUGUGAUCCCAUGGACUGUAGCCGGCCAGGCUCCUCUGUCCAUGGAAUUUUCCAGGCAAGAAUACUGGAUUGGUCCAGACAGCUCAAUUCACUAUCAUCCAAAGAGCAAGCGUGUGCAUGCUCAGUCGCUCAAAACCCACUGUGGAUCCAGGUGCUAUUAUGUCAUGUAAUGUUUUCAUCUCCCAGAAUACAGGUGGUUGCUUCGUUGUUGUUUAGUUGCUAGUCAUGCCUGACUCCUUUGCAACCCCAUGGACUGUAGCCCCCAAGGCUCCUCUGUCCAUGAGAUUUCCAGGCAAGAAUACUGAAGGGGGAAAAAAAAAAAAAAUACUGGAUUGGGCUGCCAUUUCCUUCUCUAGGGGAUCUUCCCGACCCAGGGAUCAAACCCAUGUCUCUUACAUCUCCUAGCAGGCAGGUUCUUUACCGGUUGAGCCACCAGGGAAGCCCCUGCAUUCUGUAUGAUUUCAUCUAUAUGACAUCCUGGAGAUGGCAAAACUAUAGAGUCAGACUACAGCUUGGGAGUUUCAGGGGUGAGAUGGCGGUGGGGGGAAAGGAAGGGCCAUUGGAGAUUUGGUGGUGAUGCAAAUGUCCUGUUCAUAACCUUUCUCAACACUCACUACACCAUGCAUCAAAAAAAUUGGGGAUUUCCCUGGCGGUCCAGUACCAGAUCCCUGGUGGCUCAGUAGGUAAAGAGUCUACCUGCAAUGCAGGAGAUUCCGGUUCGAUCCUUGAAUUGAGGAAGAGCCCCUGGAGAAGGAAAUGGCAACUCACUCCAGGAUUCUUGCCUGGAGAGUUCCAUGGGCAGAGGAGUCUGACAGGCUACAGUCCAUGGGGUUGCAAAGAGUCGAACGUGACUGACACUUUCACUGAAGGUCCAGUGGUUAGGGCUGCAAGCUUUCACUGCCGAAGGCCUGGUUGGAGAGCUAAAAUCCCACAAGCUGCCCAGAAAAGAAAGGUGGGGGUAGUGAUUUUUUACUGGAUGCAGAUUCCACUGCAGAUUUUUGAAACCUUCAUGGGAGAGUAAACAGUCCAUUAGAAAAUUAGUGACUGAGAGGAGUGUGGAGAAAACCUGGCUAACUUCUCAGAUAAGUCUGGAAACCAGAAAGUUCUUUCUGGUGUUGGGAUAAACAGAGGCUCCAAGGAAUGCCUCCCUGAUGGCUUCAGGGGAGUGGCCUCUGCAGCCUUCACACCCCUCAUCUGUCCCUCUGCCUGCUGUGCCCACAGUUACCUGCUGUGGGCACAGGUCUGAGGACAGAUGCUCUCAAGUGGGCUGGGUGCGGGGCUGUAGCUGCUUCUAGCCAGGUGGUGGCUUCUGCUUUGUUUCCACCUGCAGGACUCGUCCUUCCAGCUGGGAGGGCACUGGUCUGGACGCAGUUUUUGGCCACAGACCCGAGAGCUCAGAAAGGGAGCAAAGGAUUGAGGAACGUUUCAACAACAAAGCUCUUUCUCAUCCCAUUCGUUUAUUUUUGGGAAUGGGAUUUUUUUCGGUGUUUUGAUCUGUAAAUUGUAAAACAAUAGAGUUGACAUUGAAUCCUGUGGAUAUAGGAACUAAUUGAAGAAUAGAAUAGCCCCCUCCAUCUGUUAGAUUUCACUUUUUAUAUUUAGUAAUUAUUUACUGUAAUCAUAGUACACUUGUCAUACCAAUAAUAAUUGUACCAGUUUAUCAAUCCAGAAGAUUAUUUUUGAAUACUUAAGAGUCUUGUGGUCAGUUUUUGAGUACAUUUCUAUUGCAGAGACACAGGAUCUGGGGUCUAAAAAUAAUUCCCCAAAAAAUGUUAGGAUUAGAUCUGGGAGGGAAUGGGAUGGGAAUAGGGAUUCACAGAGGGGAGCAUGAGCUGGACCCUUGGUUAUUUAAGAGUUGUGUGGUCACACGUAGUUUUAUAGGGUGAUGACAAGUGUCCGGUCAUAGAUGGAGUAUUGGGUGAUACCUGACAGCCCCCUUUUUUGCCUUUUCAUGCCUGACUCUGUCAUGAUGCUCUGAGUGGAGAUGCGGGUUCACACACAGGUGUUCAGAGCUGUGGCCGUAGUCUCGCCAUCCUCCUCUGUCUCUUAUAUCAGAAGGUGGCGAUGUGCUGGGGGAGAGGAAACUGGCAGGCCAGGGUACCCCCUUCACACACCUGCCAGAGAAAGCUCCCAGAAGCACCUGUGGGCACAUUCUAGACUGUUCUUUAGCAGGAGGGAGCUUUUGCUGCCCCAGGGUAUGGUACCUGCCCCAGGGUAUGGUACCUCCCCCAGCUCCAGCUCAGAGACAGCAGCUGGGUCUUUGCUGGAUGACAGGACCUGCUGUUGCCUUCCCUCCCCCAACCUGGCAGAGCUGCCUCGCUCCCCAUCCUUACCCUGCACCCCUAGGUGGGCGAGGGCAGCAGAGCGGUUGCACUGAGGCCAUGCUGUCUCCUGGCCUGACCCAGGGGUCACGUAGGAGGGCAGACCAGCCUGCCCAGGGAUGUCAUGACCAGCGCAGCUGCUGGACUGGGGGGUCCCCAACAUGCCCCCUGGGGAUGCCUAAAACAUGAUCAGUUCCUGAACCUCGGGGGAUGCAGCUCUGGGCUCUCAGGUACCCCUAUAUCCUUUGUGAGCUCAGUGCCCGCCAGCCCACCCUGCUGCUCAGUGGGCCCAAGGCCACUGCUGCUUGGCCACGUUCCCACCCUCUUCCAUUCUUUCCUUUUUUUCCCAGUUUUAUUGAGAUGUAGUUGACCGACAGCACUGUGCACAGCAUAAUGCUCUGGCACAUACCAUGGAAUGAUUAUCACACCAAGUUUAGUGAAUGUUCAUCUUACGUAGAUAGAACAUUAAAUAAAAAGAAAAUUUCCUUAUGGUGAGAAUUUAGGAUUUACUCCUUUUAAAAUAAUGUAUCUAUUUGGCCAUGCCAGGUGUUAGUUACAGCACAAAGGAUCUUUGAUUUUCACUGCAGCAUGCGGGAUUUAGUUAGAACACGGAGGAUCGCUUACUUACGGCAUGUGGGAUCUAGUUCCCCAACCAGGGAUGGAAUCCAGGUCCCCUGCAUUGAGUGUGUGGAGUCUUAGCCCCUGGCCCACCAGGGAAGCCCAUGAUCCACUCUCAACAACUUUCGUAUGUAUCAUAUGUAGCCCACAGCGUGUUAGUUACACUUGUCAUGUUGUACAUUACAUUCUGGUACUUAUUUACCUAAUAAAUGGAAGUCUGUACCUUUUGACCAUCUCCAGUCCCUGCUUCUGGUAAUGACAGAUCUGUC